UAUUUCUGGAAAGUUCACGUGAUCGCUCUGAGUCGGCGUAAAACCUUAAGUUGCAUAACGUAACUGAGAAAUCGAAAAUUCAGUCGCAGUCUCAGAAGAUACUUGUGAGAGAACGAACGUGUUUAGUGGUACACAUUACUUCUUUUUCAAACUUGUUAAACAUGCCACGCCGAGGACGUGCAUCUGCUCCGCCACCAAGAACGGUUAGGCCAGCUCGUGCAGCGGCUCCCGCUCCAGCAGCCCAUCCUCCAGCCCAUGCGGCACCAUCAACACCCAUGGUUGCCCAACCUCAGCAGCCAUCCCUCAUGGGACAAAUGGCUGCCACUGCUGGAGGUGUAGCUAUUGGUUCAGCUGUGGGUCACACUAUUGGACAUGCCAUGACUGGACUCUUUAGCAGCGGUUCCAGCGAAACUGCUGCUGCACCUGCUGCAGCUCCAGCAAUGGCUCAGAGUGCACCAUCAUCUGCACCUGCUGCUGGUGCUUGUGCAUGGGAGGUUAAACAGUUCCUGGAGUGUGCCCAAAAUCAAUCUGAUCUUACAUUGUGUGACGGAUUCAAUGAAGCUCUUCGCCAGUGCAAAGCUUCUCAUAAUAUGAUUUAAACAAGUAUUCUUGAAGAAAUGUCUAGUAGCAGGUGAUUUAUAGGUAAAAAUUUAGAAAAUGAAUAUGUGAAUUCAAUAAUAUUGUAAAUCCAGAACUAUUUGAAAUCAUUAUGUUACAUGUACCUAAUUGAAUAUGUAAUUAGGAACUAAUUUCUUCUUAAAUGAUUUACGACUUAUGAAUAAAAUAAUUGUUAUGUACAUGUA